CCAGAUUCGACAAGUCACCAACGUCCGAUUUCUGGGCGUUACCUUAGACCACAGGCUACUCUGGCGCCGCGGUGUUGACCACGUUGUGGCGUCAUCGUCACCCAGGCUACACGUGCUCAAGCGAGUCGCUGGCAUACGCUGGGGCAACCACCCGACGUCCAUGCUACGGCUACAUACAGCGUUGGUUACAAGUCGAAUCCUGUAUCAGCUACCUCUGAUGUCACCCUCAGACAGCCAAUACGAGCGCUUAGAAGCCAUCCACAGAAAAGGUAUCCGACUUUGCCUUGGAGUCCCUCAGCCAGCGUCAAACAAGAAAGUGCUCUACGAAGCUGAGUCACGCCCUCUACGACUUCAGGCUUCCCAGGCUCUGAUGAUCCAGCUCCUACGAUUGAGUGAGUCUACGCCCGGUAGAGCGCUCUUACGACGUAUAGGUAACAGGCCGCGCUCACAUUUUUAUGCAGCAUUGAACACGCUUCGCGUAUUAGGAUUGCGCUGCUCGAGACAAAGGGAAAGGAUAGAACCACCCUGGACAUUCGAGGACAUCAUAUGCAACUUAAGUGUACCACGAUUGCAAUCAAAGAGCUGCAUUCCAUCUGCAGAAGCCAAGUCAUUAGUCCUGGAACACCUGAACACGAUUUACCCGAGUCACCUACAAGUAUACACAGAUGGCUCUGUCAAGGCAGACGAAGACCGCUGUGCAGCUGCAUUCUAUAUUCCCUCUCUAAGAUAUACGUGGUCUGGCCGUCUGGACUGUAUAGCCUCGUCGACAGUUGUGGAAGGCGCAGCAAUAGCUUCUGCUCUGCGCAAAUUAAAGACUUUGCCUCCGCAGAAUGUGGUUGUCCUUACGGACUCAAAGGCCGCAUUACAACAAAUAUACCGUGGUUUGCCAUCCCUCAAGUUCCCACGCAAAUCACUAGCCAUCGUGAAAGAGCUCAACAACAAAGGCUUCACAGUAAAGUUUCAAUGGAUUCCUUCCCACAUUGGUAUCUCAGGAAACGAAAAAGCUGAUGCGCUUGCAUACGCCGCGCUCUAUCAUCCUCCCAAAAUCAAGGCCCCAAAGAGUAAUCAAGUGCAAAAAUCUGACAUUCGAAAUCACUUUGCGUCGCUUUGGGUUCCACCGCAUAUGCCCUGCGUAACCAAGCGAUUGCACCGAGAGGAAGCCACACUUCUAUAUCGAAUAAGGACAGGAUCUGCAAAUACACCGGCCUGGUUAUUUAAAACGGGGCGAAUCAAUUCUCCGAACUGUUCGGCAUGCAACGAGACAGGAGACAUUGAGCACUUUUUGUGGUCCUGCCAGCAAUUCCAAGAUGAAAGAGACACUCUCCUGAAGAAUCUACAAAGCAAGAACCUUCCGCAUGCGCGCCUGCAACACCUUAUAUUUCCCGCGGGAUCAGUUAUAGCCCGAAAAGAAACUUCACGUCUCCUCAUCGAGUUUUUAAGAGAGACUGGUUUGAAGGACACAUGGUGAAACCCUUCAGCGGUAUUGUGCGAGACGCUCGGGCGGAGCAAUUGCCGGCCUUGUUCGCCAGGCUAAACCCGCCUGUUGCUACAAUUCACCACCACCACCACCACCACGGCAAUAUAAGGCCCCGAUGGCUCGGGUGGCUGCCAUUCUGUUUUCGAGAAAAUGCUAGGACAGCAACCAACGCCUUUGCAGGUGGUACCGCGCCGUGGUGCCGCAGGAACUCCUAAACCGAGGAACGCAUUGGUUUCCACAGAUUCCCCAAUGACAGAGCCUGUACCACGCACUUCUCACGGGGUUCUCCAGCAGCCAGCCGUCGCUAGAGAGCCCACACCAAGCACGCCUCGACCCAGUCAGCUGACCAAGCUGCACGACCCAGCCAGCCGUCGCUCAAGGAUCUGCACCAUGCACACCUUCAUCACAGGAGACCCAAUCUACGCUAACAGAAAGGGGUCGGAGCCGAAUUCGCAAGGCUUUAACGCGACGAACACAGAAGCGGAUGCCGAAGUACUUGGAUUGGAUAUCGAAGUGGUGGCGUCAGCCUGUAGCUUUCACGACAUGUGCCGGCGCAGUUCAUUCAGGACCCAUUUUAGGUUUACUCGAGAACUUGUAAGGACUGUGGUCCCUAUGUAAAGGCAUUGAUUUGUGAUCAAGCAAGGUGCACUUGGGACAGCACUCGGAAUAACCUCACAGGAUCCUUUUUUUUUUAAUGGAUGGGGCAAAAAUAUACUUUUUGAUACUCCGCACUUGUUGAAAUGUACUAGAGACAACUUGCGGAAAUAUGACCUCCACAUUGGGAAGGAUGUUGUUUCAUGAAAACAAAUACUCAGAAUAUACGAGUCCACCCAUCACGUCAAACUGAAUAUUUCUACC